AUGGCGGCCAGAGAGUCAAUGCUGGCUGGCAAAAAUGUUCUGGACAAAGGAGAGAUCAUGAGAUUACCCACUUGCACUCUGGAGAGCUGCUCCUCAUCAGUAACUGCAGAAACAGAGGCCUCCCCAAACCUAACCACACAGCACGAAGUAGAGCGCCAGACCAUCCAGUCAUUGUGCCAGGGUGGUGCCUUGACAAGCAAGUUCCUCAGCAUGUCGUCUAUUCCCAGUUGCCUUCUGGGGGUAGCCCUUGAGGGAGAGACCAACAAUCAAGGGCAUGCUUCCUUGCUUCAACAUGUCUUGCUUCUGGAGCAGGCUCGACAACAGAAUACACUGAUUGCUGUUCCUCUGCGCAGCCAAUCUCCUUUAGUGACAGGGGAACACAUCCCCUCCAACCUGCGCACUGUAAGCAAGUUGCCUCGGCAUCGUCCACUGAGCCGCACCCAGUCGUCCCCACUGCCUCAGAGCCCCCAAGCAUUGCAACACCUGGUUGUGCAGCAACAGCACCAACAUUUCCUGGAGAAGCAGAAACAGCAGCAGAUUCAACUGGGAAAGAUAAUUACUAAGACAGGUGAGUUGCCACAGCCACCUACAACACACCCUGAAGAAACAGAAGAGGAACUGACAGAACAACAGGAGCAUUUGGGCCUGGGCCAGGGGCCUUUUGUUCUGCAUGGGUUAAUAGAAAGUGAGGGGACACAAGAUGACUUGGAAGAAGAGAGGGAAGAAUUAGCCAAAGAACAAGGCUAUCUCCGAGUGAAAGAUGAAGAUGGAGAGAACAGGCUGGAAGAACAGGAGGUUGAGGAGUUGGGAGUGACUUACAGGCAGGUAUUUGCAGAUACACAUCAGCUAAGAUCUCGGCCAGUCUAUCAGACACCCCUCAGCUUCAGCACUGUACCCUAUCAAGCACUUAGUCGUACCCAGUCUUCACCUCCUAGCACUGGUCUUAGUCUGAAGAGCAGUAGAACUGAGCCUUUGGUCCAUCACCUUUUCACUACAGGCAUUGUUUAUGACACAUUCAUGCUGAAGCACCAGUGUACAUGUGGAAACACUAAUAUUCACCCAGAACAUGCUGGGAGGAUCCAGAGUAUUUGGUCCAGACUACAGGAGACAGGAUUGCUAAGCAAGUGUGAGAGGAUCCGAGGCCGGAAGGCAACAUUGGAUGAGAUCCAGGCUGUCCAUUCGGAACAUCACACAUUACUAUAUGGAACAAGCUCCUUGAACAGGCAAAAACUUGACAGCAAAAAAUUACUAGGUCCCCUUAGUCAGAAGAUGUAUGCUGUCCUCCCGUGUGGUGGAAUUGGGGUUGACAGCGACACAGUAUGGAAUGAGUUGCACUCAUCCAGUGUAGUCCGCAUGGCUGUCGGUUGUUUGCUGGAGCUGGCCUUUAAAGUGGCAUCAGGGGAGCUUAAGAACGGAUUUGCUGUCAUUCGACCACCAGGUCACCAUGCAGAGGAGUCUACUGCUAUGUAA